AUGUUUAUUUCUAAUUUGUUGAAGACAUCAGCACGAGUUAUAAAAGCAUCUCCAAAAAAAACUUUACCCACUAAAGCAGCCUUGACAUUAACAAAUGAAGCACUAAAUAGAAUAAAAGAAAUUAUGUCAGAAAGACCUGAAGCAGAAGGUUUAAAAAUUGGAGUUAAACAGAGAGGUUGCAAUGGUUUAACAUAUACAUUAGAAUAUGCUUCUAAAAAAGAAAAAUUUGAUGAAGAAGUAAUUCAAGAUGGUGUUAAAAUAUGGAUUGAUGCUAAAGCACAACUUACAUUAUUAGGAACUGAGAUGGAUUAUAUUAAUAAUCGUAUAACAAGCGAAUUUGUUUUCCGAAAUCCUAAUGUUAAGAAUACCUGCGGAUGUGGAGAAAGCUUUACAGUUUGA